CUCAUCUUCUCCGUAGCAACGCCGAGGGAGAAAGAUAAAAGGAUCCAACUUUUCACUUUUAAAUUAUUUUAUUUUCUUAUACCAAAUUUUCAUUUUUCCUACCUUCCGCUGAUCGUUUAUACUUUAUAGAGAGGGUGAAAUGAUUUUUUUGGGAGGGUCUGUUUGAGAGAGACAUAGGAGAAGAAAAAAAGGGAAGAAAAAUUACAACAGAAAGGAGAAAGAAGGGAGCUCUGUUUCAAUGGUUGAAUUAGAAGAAUCUAUUGUAGUCAUUUGAUAAUUAAGACGGAAAAAGAGAAAAAGGAAAAAAGAGGAGAGAGAGAGGAGGAAGCAGAUUGGUUGAUGGGGUUUUCUUGGAUUUGCGGAAUGAAACCAGAGAUGCGAUCUCUGGUGAUUAGGUCUUGAUUUUGUUGGAGUGGACUUCAUCUACCUUGGUUCAGCUUUGCUUGUUGUUGUUGUUCUCCUUCUUCGAUUCAAUUGUUUCAUCAUUUGGUUCUGUUUCCCCUAACAAGGAGGAAGAUUCGAUAGAGAAGAUAUAGAUUGGGGGAAUAUAGAGAUAGAGAGAGAUAGCAAAAUGAACGGUGGCGAUGAGGUCGCAGCAGCAACUCCGGCGGGCCCACCACCGGCUCUGGAGUGGAAAUUCUCUCAGGUCUUCGGCGAGCGCACUGCCGGCGAGGAAUUACAAGAAGGUGAAUAGGCUUUUUAUUUGGAUCUUGCAAGUUAGGGCUUGUUUUCUAGAUUCUGGAUCCGAAAUGGAUCGUGCUCUGUUGAUGAGGAAGUAGUCCUAGGUUUAUGGGUCAAUGUGUGCUUGUCAUCUUGUUCUGGAGUUUUGUUGCGUUUUGGACGAUAAUGGCGAUUGGUUUUGAGAUUAAUUAGAUUGAGAGGGUAGACAGUGGGAAGUGAGCUUUGUGACGUUAGUGAGCUAUUGGGUUUCCUUUACUUUCAUCUCCCUUUCAUUGUUUAAGUGCAUGCAAGGUUUUCUGGUUGUAGAUUGGGUCAGUUAAAGCUGUGGAUGCUGGAGCUUAGGUGUGUAUUGCUUUGGUUCGGUCUUGAUAGUUGACACAGCAGUGAAUUGGAUUAGCAGUCCUGAAAUUUGCAUCUGCAGUCUCUGUCCUGAAUUUACUACGUUGACAUUAUUUCAGCCAUUGAAUUUGAUAAAACUGGAGAUCAUCUUGCAACUGGGGACCGCGGAGGACGGGUGGUCCUUUUUGAGAGGACAGAUACGAAGGAUCAUGGUGGAUCAAGGAGAGAUUUGGAAAGGAUGGAUUAUCCAAUUACCAGGCAUCCUGAGUUCCGUUACAAAACAGAAUUUCAGAGCCAUGAACCUGAGUUCGACUAUCUCAAGAGUUUGGAAAUAGAGGAGAAAAUCAACAAAAUUAGAUGGUGCCAAACAGCCAACGGUGCCCUUUUUCUUCUAUCUACAAAUGAUAAAACAAUCAAGUUUUGGAAGGUCCAAGAAAAGAAGGUUAAGAAAAUCUCUGAGAUGAAUGUGGAUCCUUCAAAAGCUGUAGGAAAUGGUAGUGUUGCUAGUUCAAGUAAUUCAAGUGCACCUAAGCCAUAUCUUGCAAAUGGAGGUUGCACUGACAGGUUGCACAACUCUCCUGGCAAUGAUUUUUCCAUCCCAGCUGGAGGCUUCCCAUCGCUGCGUUUGCCGGUGGUAGUUGUUACGAGCGCUGAGACGAGUCUGGUGGCAAGAUGUCGUAGGGUUUAUGCUCACGCUCAUGAUUAUCACAUUAAUUCCAUUUCAAACAAUAGUGAUGGUGAGACUUUUAUAUCAGCUGACGAUCUGCGAAUAAAUCUUUGGAACUUGGAAAUUAGCAACCAAAGUUUCAAUAUUGUUGAUGUCAAACCUGGAAAUAUGGAGGAUCUAACUGAGGUGAUAACUUCGGCAGAAUUCCACCCCAAUCAAUGUAAUAUGUUAGCAUAUAGCAGUUCGAAAGGCUCAAUCAGACUAAUUGAUUUGCGGCAAUCAGCUCUCUGUGACUCUCAUGCUAAAUUGUUUGAGGAACAGGAGGCGCCUGGCUCUAGGUCAUUUUUCACAGAGAUAAUCGCUUCUAUCUCUGAUAUUAAAUUUGCAAAAGAUGGACGAUAUUUGCUUAGCCGUGAUUACAUGACGCUAAAGUUGUGGGAUAUCAAUAUGGAUUCAGGCCCAGUUUCAACCUUCCAGGUCCAUGAAUAUUUAAGACCCAAGCUGUGUGAUUUGUAUGAAAAUGAUUCCAUCUUCGACAAAUUCGAGUGUUGUUUGAGUGGAGAUGGGUCUCGCGUAGCUACUGGUUCUUAUAGCAAUCUGUUCCGUGUUUUUGGUUGCUCCCCUGGAAGUACUGAGGCAACGACUUUGGAAGCCAGCAAAAAUCCAAUGAGGAGACAAGUUCAGACCCCUUCAAGGCCCUCAAGAUCCCUAACCACUUUAACACGUGUCGUAAGACGAGGAGCGGAAAGCCCGGGUGUCGAUGCAAAUGGGAAUUCGUUCGACUCUGCAACAAAAUUGCUGCACCUUGCAUGGCAUCCUACGGAGAACUCAAUCGCCUGUGCAGCAGCAAACAGCUUGUACAUGUACUAUGCGUAAAAGGAGACAUCCAACGGUUGCAGCAAGAAGUUGUACGAAUCUGCGAGUCUGUUGAUUUAUUCUGGGUUGCUGUUGGAGGAGAAUUCCUUUUUUCCAUUCCCACCGACCGGUUUUAGGGUGGAGGCUACUACAACAGAUCUUCUACACUCACAGUUUGGAUGAUGAUGAUGAUGAAGCCCCCUUCAAAAUCUGUAGGACAACAAUUCCGUAUGCUAAUUUUUUACUGUAUUGCGAGGUCCUGAGGCAGCUGUUUAUCAACUGGCGGUGUAUCCACGAUGAUGAGGCAACUUGUUUUUCGUACCCGGGUUGGGCAGCUUGCUAGUAGCUACAUUCUCUUUUGCACUCUUUCCCUUUGCUCUCUGCAAGUUUCCCCCGACAAAGAAUUCUUUCCCUUUUCACCUCCCUUUUUUGCCACUUCUUAUCUUCUAGAAGCUAGAAGAUGACGAAGAUAUUGUUAUUCUGAAGAGAAUGUGUUGGGUUGAUGUGAAGUAUCAGUAGCAAAGGAAAAAUGUGAUUGAUUGUAGUGGUAGCUCGUCCUACAAAUGGAAAAAAACAGUGGCGAGAGGAAGAACCAGUGGAAAGCCAGAAACUUUAAAAAGGAUUGUCCAGUAUUUGCCACUAGGUGUAAGUUAAAAGAAGUCUGUAGCUUUUUUUUCUGUUUCUUUUUUCUUUUUUGGGUUGGUGGGAAAGAAAUGAAGGGGGAGCUGUUGGAACUUGCAGUGCAUUUUUUAAUUGAUUCUUUUGUCAUGCUUUGAGACUUUUUUUUUACUACAGUAGCUUCAAAUGAACAUGAAGUUGUAGAUGAUCUUUCUUUCUCCCCCAAAACUGGUUUACUGGUAUUCCAUAUUGGUUUUAUUUCAUUUCCCUUUUCUGGGUCCUCUAGGAUUACAAAGAAAGUUGUAGACUUUUUUUUUUGCUCGACUGUGGUUAGUAAGAGGGAUAAUGGGUGUAGCUUACUGUUUGACAAAUCUUAGUCGUUCUUUCCUGGUUUCUCUUGUUUAGUCUCUGUAUGUUGUUCAGGACCUGGCAAUCGACUGAAGGAAAUUGAUUUCCAGAAACAUGCCCUGUCCGUUUUUUUCAGGGUGCUGGAAGAGGGUGUGCAGUCAAUAACUGUUUUUGGUGUUGCUUUCAGUGGAUGAAAUGAGACAUGAGAAAGCCUGCCAUGGUAAUUUUUUGGGGGCUCCUGGUUUGUGGGACAUGAGAAAGCCACGAGGAUUAUCUUGCUUUUGGUAUCUCUUGAGUUGAGCCUGUGAUCUUUCUUGAAUAACAAUUAGAUGGUCUUGGCAGGCCUCGAAUCGCCAGUUAGACAGUCGAGCUGGAAAAAAGACCUUGGUUCUUCUCGCCGUAGCUCCCCUGCUCCCUGUUGUUUUCUUCUUUGGUUAUCCAUAGUCUGAUGCUACUUUGUUAUCUUCUCCCUCUCGUUGGCUUCAUGAUUUUCAUUUUGGACCUUACGGCCUCUCUUCUAGAAUAGAAUGAAG